AGAGAGGGAAAGGCGUUGAGCUAGCAAGUAAACCGGGCCCUUGUAAUGAAAGCAAUGAGCAGCAAGCAAAGUGAGUGAGUGGGGGGAGUGAGGGAGUGAGGGAGGGAGGCAAGACAGCCUCUAUCUAGUCUUCUUCUUCUUCUUCAUCUGCCCACCGUUUGUUGUCAUCAUCGCCCUUGCUGUGUGUGUGUGUGUGUGAUACGAUACGAUACGCACUGACUGCCCUUGUUGGCAGGACGACAGACAGCAUAUGUUUGCUUCAGCUCCUCCCUCGCAAACCCUACGAAUGCGCUGCUCUCGCUUGCCAUAAUUGCUCACAGCCUUACUUCUGUUGCUGUUACCCUGUAGAGCGUAUCUUAGCCCGUGAUGGGAAGGUCGAUCCCAAUAAUGCUUGGCGACGCAGUGUCAUGCUCCCAAUUGUCCUAAGUAGGUUCGAGAGUGGCUGUCGUUGUUGUGGCAUUGAUCGCGAAGCGGAAGCUCCGUUUGCUUUAAGGUUGUGAGAAUACGUGAAGCGCUGAAACGAUGGCUGUUUUUUGCGUUUUGUGCUGGCAUUCUUCAUUGACGUUGUCUGCAAGUUAGAGUUUGGGGGAACCUGCUACACUUCUUUUAUUACUUACUGUAAUACGGACCUCGUGAACCUUCUGCAGUUCUCUAAGAUGAGCUGAACUGCGCUACCUGCUGCCUCUGUGGCAGUAAAUGAUGCCUUCUUCUAACAGGUGGAAGCUGCUGUAACGGAGAGAAUGGCAUACUCUGCUGUAGCUCACCCGGGAAGUGAUUAUAUUGGAGAGAACGGUUUCCGGCCCCCGGAUGGACACUCUGAUGCUGGCAAUGGGGAGCUCCGAAAAAGCCUCGAGUCAGUGGACAUUGCCUCGAACGUUGAUAGUCCUAAUCAGGUCAAAGAACUUGUGGACAUCAUAGAGGCAGCAGAGGUCACAAUUCGCACUCAGGUGGAAGAAACCGAACAGUUGAGGAAUGCUUUGCGAGCAGCUGAGUUGGAGCUCCAGUCCUGCAAAAUCGGUAACCCAAAGCAAGUUGGACAAGGGGGCUACAGCUCACAACAAUCUUCCCAUGGACGAAAUAGAAAUUAUCAGGGAGAGUUUGCGUUGACGCAGCUAUCCGAUUACACAAACGGAACAGCAGAGCGCAAUAGGCACAGCAACGGCAACCUUCACGAAGGAAUGAAAAAUGGCGUAAACCAUAACCGAUAUAAUGGAACAUCUGCUACUGACGACGGGCGCCCCUUCUCUCCUCUUUCACGAAGGAAAGAUUCCGAGGCAAACUUCCUACGAGAUGCGUAUCAGGGGCUUGGAUCUCCAACUGAAUUACAAGACUCCAGCAAUCAUAAUGGCUAUCCCCGUUCACAGGAUAUGAUGGUGAGACCGUCGGAGGAGGAAUUGAAUCCAUAUUUCUUAAAAAGUCGACUCAUGGAAGCCUCAGUGAAGGAGUCUCAACUUGUUAGCGAAAAGAGGAUACUUGAGCGGCGAGUUGCAGAGCUACGUCUUGCUUAUGAUCAGCAGCAACUGGGGCUGGUCGAUGCAGCCUCGAAGGCCUUGUCGUAUCGGCAGAAUGUUCUUGAAGAGAACAUACGACUGACUUACUCACUUCAGGUGGCAGAGCAGGAGAGGACUACUUAUGUGCAAAACUUGAUGCCUCUUUUGGCUGAGUUCGACUUGCAACCUCCGGUUUCAGAUGCACAUUCGAUGGUUAGCCAUAUCAAGGUUCUCGUGCAGAAGUUACGGUCAGAAUUGGAGCUUUACGAGAAUAAAAUGAAAAAUCCACAGUUUUACCCUCAGCCAUAUCAAUCUUCUUAUCCGACAAACCAAUCAUACAAUCAUCCUCCUCAGUCUCCUACGUUUCUUCAGAGUCAUAAUUUAGAGAUUGUGCCGUCGUACUCUCAAAGACCAACAUCUCCAGUGCAACAGCUGCGACCAGGAAGACCUGGUUGGGACUCUGGUGUUUCUUCCCCUCGGUAUGGUGGAUCACGAGAUCAGGAUGGACACCUUGGUGGCCCCAACGAGCAGGAGCUUUCGGCAGAUGCGAGUGCCAUUGUGCCUCAUGACUCAGUCAGCGCCAGGCCCAAUGAUGGCCUCGAUGACUUGGAGGGCGACGAUGUUUUGUACAACGGAGCAAACAUGCGAGGGGAUCCGUCGCUGUGUAGAUCAGAUGUUGCUCGUAUAAAUUCACCGCAACUGCCUUCCUUGCCUGAAGAGCCCAAUUCUCCUAGCUGUGAAGAUAUUGACCCACUUCCAGGCAUCGUUGGCCUUCGCAUAGUUGGAGAUGCUGUCCUAGGUGGUCGGCUCACCGCAUGUGGCCACUCUAUCAAUGGCACAUCCCUUUGUAUCUUUCAGUGGGUUCGGCAUUAUCAAGAUGGAGCUGCUGUCAUGAUCGAAGAGGCAGCACAACCAGAGUAUACCAUUACUGCCGAUGAUUGUGAUAGUAUGGUAGCCAUCGAAUGUGUUCCCAUGGAUGAGUGUGGUCGCAGGGGCGAUUUGGUAACAGUGAUGGCAAACGACGGCAACGCAAUUAGUCGAGAUCCGAUGAUGCAGGAUCAAAUUGACACCUACAUGACGAACGGUCAUGCUUCGUUCGACGUGAAUAUGCUGUUACAGGACGGGACAUCUGAAAACGUUUCAGAGCCGGCAACACUAGUUUUAAGACGCUCAAAUUUUGAAUUGCGGCGGAUUAGUAGCCGUAAAGUAACUAUCAAUGAAAAAUACGUUCCUGAUGUUCUUAUUAAAAUACCCUGUGGAGAGCUACUUCAAUGUGUUAUCUGCAGAGAGGAUGGUGGCAGAGACAACUACCUGGAGUUGCGUGAUCCUCGGACGCGGGAUAUGGCAGUGCUAACUUUUCGAGCUUUUCACAAGGCCGCCAUGGAUGAGAAGAAGUCCAGACGCAAGUGGCUUAGACAUUAAACUUUGGCGUUUUGAGCUAGCUUGUCUCUGUAGAGCGUCUCGUAUGAUGUAUACUAGGGACAUUUUAUGUUGAGGAACACUGUAAACAUGUCUAUUCUAUCGAUAUAGGAGAUUUCUGAGGGAAGCUUUUUUAUAUUCUCUUUCCGACUUCGACUUGCCGAAUGCCAGCUAUCAAACGUUCGGGCCCUGGAGAGUCUAAAGUGCUCCACUUCUUCGCUCACAUUUUCGAAUCUUGAUUUAGUUUGUGCAUGUAAUUGGCUGCACAACUGGUUUAUAGCUAAUUUAAGCAUGAUUAUAUAUACUGGUCGUCUAGGAUGGUUGGCAGACGUUCUUCGUAUUCCUUUCCCUUCAUGAAGUUCCCAGAUUUGAUACCGUUUAAA